AUGGCGAUCGACGCUGAGAAUGCAGCGAAGGGCAGCAGCAUUCAGGAAGAAGAUGAGACCGGAGGUUUCUUGGACAACAUGGAGUACCGAGGAGGCGGCUAUGCUAUUCUACGUGCGUUAUGGGAUGCUCAUGAGAAGGGUCUGGCAUCGCUAUCCGUCAGCCAGAUUUGCCAGAGGGCGAAGCAAUGGUGCUCGCAUCACAUGGACCACGGUCUAUUUGCGGGUCGUCAGUUGGGUCUGGGCUGGGAUGCACACGGAUCCUUGUUGAAGCACGGCAUCCUCGAGAAGCAGAAGCUCAAAGCUCGUAAGCCCCGGGAUCGUAUUGAUGUCUUCUGCCUCACCGCAAACGGCAAGGAAUUGGUAAGGAAGCUGAUGGAGAUGUUUGCGGACGAAGAGCUCCCGGCUACCCAGACUCCUGAGCGGAAAAGGAGCCUGACGCAACAACCGAGCCAGACGCCACCCAAACUGGAGAAGCCACGUGAAGCAGAAGAGCCGCUUCCAAAGAAAGCAAAGUUGGCAGAUGAGGCUGCCAAUCCUGCUCCCGUGAUUCCUCUCAGAACGCUUUGUCGAAGUCUGGCUCCAAUUUUUGCCGCCCUCGGAUCGCCGAUCCCAAAAGAGAGGCUGUACAAGCUGAUUGCCAGUGAACACGACUACACCCAAGAAGCCUUCUCCGCUCAGCUAGCAAGGCUGGAGGAGCUGAACAAGCUGUUCAUGGGCGAGGAUGGUGUGCACCUGGUGUGA